AGUCGUUAUAGGAAAGGUAAGAACAACCACGAUUUUGCAACAUACCUCAAAAUCUCAGAUCGUUCUCAUCAGAUUCAGAUCCCACAUCACUCGCUAUUCUUGUCAUCGCGAUGGCGUCAGCCCUAUUUUCCGGCCUCAGAUACUCCGACAGCCUCACCGUCGUCGGAAUUUCCUUCUGCACCGCCGUCGUCUGCGAGGCCAUCUCAUGGCUGCUCAUCUACCGCACCGCUUCCUACAAAUCCCUCAAAUCCACCAUCGACAAAGCCUCCAAAAAGCUCGAGAUCAUGAAGACGACGGACGUCAACUCCGCCUCCGCGAACCUCCUCAAAAAGACUUCUAAAACCAAGAAAAUCGACCGCGUCGAGACCUCUCUGAAGGAAUCCAGCCGCGAUCUGUCCAUGUUCAAGUUCAAAUCGGGCGGCGUCGUUGCCCUAGUUUUGUUCAUGGUCUUCGGAUUGCUCAAUAGUUUGUUUGAGGGGAAACCGGUCGCCAAAAUUCCGUUUGUUCCGAUCAAAUUAGUGCAGAAGAUGAGCCACAGGGGAUUGGCGGGUGAUGAUAUGACGGAUUGUUCCAUGGCGUUUUUGUACUUGCUGUGUUCGAUCAGCAUUAGGACCAAUUUGCAGAAGUUUUUGGGAUUCUCCCCACCGCGUGGAGCUGCUGGCGCCGGCUUGUUCCCAAUGCCAGAUCCCAAGUCCAGCUGAGGAAUCAGAAUUUGAUCCAGGACAGUCAUCAUCCUGAUUUGACGAAGCUUGCUGUAAGACGCCCCUUCUAAGCUAUGUAUCACAAUUUUUCUGUUCUCUUCUGGUCGCUGCUAAGUAGAUUUUGUUGCCCUACAAGUCGAUGAUCAAUUGUAAAAAUUGGGUAGUUUGGGCGAUGACCUAAUUAUAAGAUGAUGUGAUUUGUCCUACUGUUGUCUACCUAUGCAAGAUCUCACUAGCUGUUGCUGUAAUUUGAUCGAGUA